UGGCGAAUCUUCAGAGACACUAGAACCCAACUUCUCUACCCACCUUAUAAAUAGCAGACCGAUAAGCCACCUGGAGGACCGGGAGUUCUACUGACGAGUCACAGACCUCAGGCACGCUUUCUAAUCCACUGGGUCAGAUUGCAUUUGCAUAUCAGUCGGUGGGACCAAGCCGGCAAAGCACCUUGUAUCAAGUUAUCACACGGCUUUGGGCGGUGCGUGCGUGAUCAGUCCAUCCAGGUAGCAUCGAGGGAUGCGUCUUCAUCCUGCGUCUCUCUUCUGAGCGGCCAUCUUGGAAGCAUCAUUUCAUCGCCGCCAUUUUCAACUGAUCGGGAGUACGUGCUUCAUGAAGCGGUUUACCACGUAGUAGGAGAACCGAACAACUGGGAGAAAGGAUUCAACCAAUAGAAAGGAUGGCUGGAUGUCACGUGUCCGACCACAGCACAGCCUCGCUUUUGGUGGCAGUGAUGGCGCUGCUUGCGGCUGUGUCUGGGGAUGUAUACAAACACGGGUGGGAUCACGCCGUGUGCAAUGCCUAUAGCUCUUCAGCUCACAAGAAGCCGGAUCUUCCUUCUUCGUAUUCCCUGCGGUGGAGGUCAACCUUCUGGACAAGAAUACUACGUCAUCGUUACACGAGUUCUACAGCUACGACAGCAACAUCGGCGCUGUUCAUCAGAUGGAGGAAGGCAGUGAAGCUUACUUCUUUUACUACUACAAGAGCAACCAAUACCUCAGCGUCUACGCAGACGACCAGGGAGGCUACACGUGCUACAGCCAGAAUCUGUCCACCAACGACAACAGCGAGAUGUUCGGGCUUCAGGCCAACGCGAAUGGCACGGACCGCAUCUACUCCGUGCAGGGGGCGCUGCAUUUCAGCGGUCCUGACGUCAGCGAACAGUAUGCCGGUCAGGAGCGGGUGCGAGGGAUCCUGUGCGACAAGUGGCUGUCGUGCCAGUACUGGCAGGGUCUGGACGCUACAGCCACCGUCACGUGGUACUUCAGCAACACGACACAGUGGACAACAGUGUCCCAGUACGCCGAGCCUGUGAGGUGCGUGGUGCAGGGCUUGAUGUGGCUCAACCAGACCUACAGCCGUCCCUUCCACCACAUCUACGAGUUCUACAAUUUCCAGCCUGACAUCCAGGGGUCGGACAACGUCUUUGAGGUUCCAGCCAAUACUUACUGCCUCAGCGGGAAAAACACAAAGCCAGUCCCCAGCUUGCCGCCUGCCUAUUCUUUCAAGGCGGAAUACCUGGAUGUAAUGCAAAAAGGCAUCGCCUUUGUUAAAGAACUGUAUGACAGCAAAGCAAAAGUCGCUAGAGAGGAUUAUUGGGACCCUCCUAGAUUCAACAGUCCAACGGCACACGCUACACCUCCCUCAUCCACGACUAUAACACAGGUGUGUCGUACACCUUGGACGUACUGAGUGGUGCCUGCUCCGCCAGUCAGAUUCCGCCGACCGCAGUCGACGCCGUCAGCUCAGGCUUGAAAUACGUGCGCAUGCGCAGUCCCCAAGACUUCUUGGCGCUGAACCGCACUUACCAGUACCAGGGCACG